AUGACGCAGUUGCAAGACCCCCCGCGUUUCAAGGUGUUGAAUCGUGGAGAGUUGGUGGAUACGGGUACACAGCCAGAAGAACGUUCCCCGGUGACAACCAGGAUGGAUGCCUCCCCACAAGUCAGCGAAAGUCAACUAGACAGUUCAGGAUGUGAUCCUGGUGAUGGCGACACCCUGGAUGAUGACCAAGGUGGUAUCUUUGUGGAUGCGCCUCCAGAAUGGACUACUGAAUUCGAAGAACGCCAGGGGAGCGAAACGCUCGCAGAGGUACACCCUGAACAGGAUACUUCAGGGCCUUCCCCAGAACCAGCGUCUUGGGCACCACUCGAGAAGUUGGAGAUGGAAUACGAACGCUGUAUGAGGGUUAGCGCGGAGGACCUGGACUUGGAACCAGGUGUGUACAUACAUGAAGGGAGCGAGAUGCUGGUACAAUUACGGGACCAGUUGGUCAUGCUGCCAGAAUUGAGCGAAUUAUACCCAGAAUGUGACAUCGAUCAGGCUGAUGUGGGAGUCCCAGGUGAGACCUCCCCCGAAGAUGAAUCCAGGAUGCGUGCCAUCCUGAAGCGCCAUAGAAAGAUUUUCCUGGGCGACGUCAAUGCCACACCUGCUCCCGCUAGAGGAGUAGUAUGUGACCUCGAUAUGGGAGAUGCCAAACCUAUCGCGUUGCGCCCAAGGUCAAUUGGACCGCACGUGGCAGUCAAGGUAUACGAGCUCCUCAAGAAAUUGCUCGAGGACAAUCUGGUUGAACAUUCUGAAUCGCGGUGGGCAUCUCCAGUUGUGAUCGUGCUCAAGAAAAAUGGAGUGGACAUCAGGAUGUGUAUUGACUAUCGACUUGUGAAUAAUUUCAUGCGGCUGUCUAGCUUUCCAUUACCUCUCAUCGACGACCUGCUAGUUUGUUUUGAGAAAGCACUCUGGUUCAUGAGCCUGGAUAUGGCCAACGUGGAUCCGAAUGCCGUUUGGCCUGAAAAACGCACCCCUGAUUUAUCAGCAAGUGAUCAACAAUUGCUUGUGGGGAUUCGUGCGUCUGCCACCAGAAGAGGAGGGGAGGUAGACCAAGAAGUUUUGGAUUACCUGAAUCUGGAUCCCCAGGAUGAUGAACCUCCAGGGUGUGGCACUCCGGGGUGCACCGGUUGCGAAGACGACCAUGUCUCUCGGUCGUUGCCGACCCUGGCGGACCAAAUGACAGUGUUCAAAAGGAACACCCCUGCUCCAACCCAGAUGUCGCCUGUCCUAGGGCGCAGCUCUUAUAUCGAUGAUAUCGCGCAUGCCGCACCAACCUGGGAUGCACUGUGCGCUGACUUGGAUGCUUUGCUAUAUAGGCUGCGGUAUUGGAAUAUUUCAGUAAGUCUGCCGAAGAGCGAGUUCGGAAAAUUGUCCAUCCCGUAUUUGUCACAUGAGAUUAGCGCUGAAGGGAUCAGGGCAACACCGAAGAUCGCUAAGGGGGUUCAGGAUUUACCGUUCCCAACUACCCUGAAGGGAGUGAAAUUUUUCUUGGGCAGCUUGAAUUACUAUCAUAAAUUCAUUGAAGACGACCCCGUGGUUGAGGCUUCCCUGUAUGAACUCUCGGACGACCAAGUGCGCUCAGGGCGAGAUCUCUCCAGGGCAAAGCAGGCGUUUGACGCGUUCAAAAUCCUGAAAUACAAGAUCGUAUCGAUCCCGGUAUUGAGACACCCUGACAGGACCAAACCGUUUGUCAUUAUACCCCAUGCAAAUCAAUGGGCUGCUUGUGCGGCCCUGGGUCAAGAACAUGAUGGUUUGAUCCAGCCAAUGCGUUUUACGGGGCGUGUUCUCCACGAUGCGAAAUUGAGGUAUCACAUCGCAGAAAAGGAGGUCAUCGCUGUGCUGAGGGCGCUCGGUUUUGAAGUGGAUCAUGAAAUCCAAGACAGCAGAUGGCAGAUGUGUACCCUGGGGCGAUUUACUUUCGCAGUGGAUCUGGAUGUCAGGAAGAUCCAGCGGGACGAAGAUGGACUAGCUGCCAUCCUGGGCGCUGGCAUCACACUUCGAGAGCAUUUAGACGAAGUCGCCGAGGAACUCAUUCCUGCCAAGGGGCGUGCGAAACCGCCACCGAUAAUCAGCGUGGAGAUAGAGAUGUUGGAAGAUACUUUCCAGGGCAUCAUUCUAAGUUUCGAUGGCGCUGCCAAGACGUCUACCCGGCAAGAUAGCUGUGGGUGCAUUUUGUGGAAACUCCCUGGAUGGAAAAUCCUGGAUGCACAGGGUUUCAUCCUGGAAGAUGUCACUGUGAAUGACGCCGAGUACUGUGGACUUCUGAAUGGUCUAACCAUGGCACAAGCCAGGCGCGCCAGGUACUUGAUCGCUGUGGGUGACUCACGAAUCGUCAUCCAGCAAGUACAGGGUCUGAUUAACUGUAAUCAGCCUAACUUGCAAAGACGAUUGGCCAGCUGUGAAGCAUUGACAGCAAAGUUCGACUCGGUGAGACUGGUGCACGUCAAGCGGGACUUCAAUCAGCGGAUUACCUGA